AUGGCUGAAGAAGACAGCCUCGCCGCCCUCCAGGGCCUGCACCGCGACCUGUGUGCGCACAUCGACCUGCAACUGCCCGUUCUCGAGCGUCUGAUCCAGAACCUGGAGGCGCAUCUGGAGGACCUAAAGAGCCUGCUAGACAAGAAGCCGCAGAGCGAUGCGAGCAGACAGGCCCUGAGCGCCGGCAAGAUCAAGCUCGGCGACGACGAGUACGAGGUCAACGAUGACUUCAAGCAGCAGACGCUCGAGCUGUCCGAAAACCUCAACCUGGACGAGCUCGACGCCGCCGCCCUCUUCCUCGGUGCCGAAACCGAAGCCCAGGAGCUCGACCGCUCGCAGCUGCAGACGGCCGUGAUCCGCUUCCACCGCCGCCGCGAAUAUGUCCUCCUCUGCCUGCGCAUCCUCAUGAAGACGGCGCUGGAUGGCGCAGACCCUGACGUGCCGGGCCUGGACGCGCUGCAGAUGGCAGUGCACAUUGUUGUCGGCGUAAACGAGACCACCACCCUCUCGAAUGCGUACGGCUUCUGGAUCAAGUGCCUGACCACCAUGGGUUCAAUAGAGCAGUGGUUGACCUCGGUCAGCGACCGCCUGAAUGCCACUUCCAUAGUUGGACAAGUGCCACUGGCGGGCUUCGUCGAGAUUAUGACCUUCCAGAGACAGAGUCUGACCAGGCAGCACGAGAACCUGGCCGCCAUAUGCACGCACAUGAUCAAGGCCGGAUACAUCAAUCUCGACUGCUACCAAUCGCUGCUCGCCCGUGCAAAGACUCUCGAGAGGCACGACCUCAUCACCAUCCACUACGUACCCUUGGUCCUUCGCGCCACAUCCUGGGCAGCCGCUGAGACAAAUCUCGUCUUGAAAGAUGCACGGAAGCUCCAUGACCAGCUCAUGGCAGGGCGCGACAACGACAACUGGACCUUGCGAAAUCUCCAUGCUGCAACACUGGCAUGGUGGCUGGCUGAAUAUAGCGGGAGAUAUGUCGAUCCAAACACCCAGGACCCAGCGAUGCAGAGCAUAAACUUCGAGGCCGAGGCCACUGCGCGUUCUGAUGCUUUCCUCCGAACACUCGACGAUGGCGCCUUCCACUUCAUGCUCUCAUUCAGUCAAGAUGUGCGUCCGACGCGCUGGUACGAUCCCCAGAAGACGAGCAUGUUGUCGACACUGCUGCAAGAUACCGCUGUUCUCAACACCGAAGCAAUAAUUCCAGAGGGCUUUUUCAAGACACUGGUCAUGGAACAACUGCAGACUUUUGUAGACUCUUUCAUUACCAACAUGCCGGACACGCUUCGAAGACUCAAGGUGGAAGAAGACGAUCAACGCAGACGGUUGCAAUUACAUUUCCAGCAAUCUACAGGUGAAUAUCCCAUGCACCUUGAAAGGUUCAUGGUUAUCGUCGCCUACGCCUUCGAUGGCUUUCCUGACGCAGCAGAGGACUUCUGGUCUGACAAGGAGAGCAAUCUCUACGGCUUUCUGCAAUGGGCCGCCAAGCGACAGCCAACGCCUCGGAUUGCCAUGUUUUGCGAAAUGCUGCGCGCCAUUUCUACCGGACAGGCCAACGCAGACUCGGCGCAUCGCUUCUUGAUGGAAGAAGGUGCCUCCGCCUCUGGAAAGAUCCGACGUACCAGUUCUCUAAGCUACGGGCACAUCUUCAGCGAGCUGGUCGAGUUUGAAAAGGACAUCCGCGAACCGAAGAAAACUAUCCAGAAUGGAGGAUACGUCCCUUCACAGAACCCCGUGGAUCAAAUCGUGGAACCUGAAAGUGCUACCAUGCUGGAAAGCUACCUACGUUUGCUGGCGCACGUAGGCCGGCAAAGCGAGGCUGCUCGAAACUUUCUCCUGGACAACAGAGAGCACGAUUUCGCCAACAUUUGCUUUGGUCUUUGCACAGACAAAGUCGAAAGUGGCCUGCGCGCCUCAGCAUACGACGCUCUGUCUGCCCUCCUCGUUGGAAAAGACUCUUUGCGUGCCUCCGGUAUGUGGAACCUGUUAGACAACUGGACAGUGAACGGUUUCUAUGCAGGUUCUAAGCCAAGCACUGCAAUGGGAGCUGUACCACGCGAUGACUUCUGGGCUACUUUAGCAGAGGGCUAUGAUGAGUCGGUGGCCUUUGUUCGCUUUCUCCACGCUCUUGUUGAGCCAUACCCACAAAACCAAGGCUUAAACGAUAGCUUGCCUUUUCCCGAAGGACUCGGUUCUUCACGUCGAAUGCCAGGUAUCGAGAGCUAUAUCGACUUUGUCAUGCAGCAGGUCUUCGCCGAGCGUUCUCAAGACAUCAUCGACCCACUGCAACGUAGCGUUAUGCGAUGGACAUGUCUAAGCUUCAUGGUGACUUGCCUUCAGACCUUCAACGAAAACUUAGUCGUCUUCGCAAACAAGUCUAGCAUACCCGUAGAUGCAGUCAUUGAUACAUCUUCUCUGGCCGUCUAUGUUGCUCUACAUCCAUUUACAAGAGUCAUGGAAUGGCUAUUCAACGAUAGGGUGCUCAAGGCACUUUUCGCGGCAUCCCAUCACGACGUGACUGAAGUUGAUGCGGCGCCAUCUGAUUCACCCCUCGUGCAGUCGUUGCUGCUAAGCAUCGAGGUCAUGGAUCAAGUCAUGAAACUACAGGCUACCUAUCUCGACAUCGUCCGGCCAGUCCUAAGGCAGCAAUCCUCUUUCCAGCAUUCUCCUGUAUCCAACCUUUCACUUGCCUCGUUCGAGGACGCAGUGCUCAGCAAUCUACAAGUGAUCGUAGAUCUUGGACUGUAUUGUGGCACUGGCCACGAGGCGUUGACCAUUGCUUCACUUCAACUGUUAGAGAAGAUGGCCUCCUCACGGAAACUCGCAAUUUCUCCAGCUGGCUUCGGACAGCGAUCUGGUAGAAGCAAGAUUGUAGGAAUACUUGAAAAGGACAACGAAGCUGAGCGUAUUGGAAGAUCACUUUCGGGACUGAUGAGGUUUAGCGCAGACGAGCUUGAAGCAGGCCCGGAUGCCUCUGGAUACACGGUCAAAUUACGCAUCCUCGACUUUCUCAACAGCUGCCUGGCUGCAGUUUCUCUGCGUCCUACCAUUGCACACAUACUACUAGGAUUCUCCUGUGGUAGUAACACUGUUCACGUUGCCGAAGACAGUCUAUGGGCAAAUGGUCAAUCACUGUUUCAUGCGAUACUCUUACUCAGUGUCGAAUAUCCAGACAACAACGGCGAAGAGUUCUUAGCGUGGCGAUCCGCGCUCAAGACACGUUGCUGGGAUAUUCUGCAGAAGCUGUGGCGUUCACCACUGACAAGUGGCAUUGUCAUGGAAGAACUACGUGAGAACGAAUUGUUGUUCAUCGAGGCGCCUCAACUGGUCCCCAUAUCGCUCAACGCCUCUUGGGACGGCGUCUCCUUUGCACAAGGACUAGAGCAGGCGGCUGUCAACGACUACUCAUGGUUUUUUGCUGAUAUUCCGGGCAUUGCUCUCCAAAAUUUCCUCCAGCGACGUGCUGCCUUCCUGGAUUACGAAUCACGCGAGCUGCGCCUCACCGUCAAAGAGAGCAUGCCGACGAUGAGGUCGAGAAUUCAGUCGGUGCUACUAGGCACCAGUGUGCGACCUGGUGAAGAUCCUGUUCUCAAUCCCACCAUAUUUGAUCUGUUCGAUUUCGUAGAGUUUGAGUAUCCGGAGCGCUCCUUACCUGACCAACACCCUAUCUUCGAAGGUGUCAACUUAUCGUCUUGCCUAGAAGAGAAGGAAGGAGUGGAGCUCUAUUCAGAACCUCUGCUGGAGCAGGUAAUUCUCUUGAGGAUGAAGUAUUGGCGCAAGGAUGGAACCAUCCCAAUUUGUGCUACAACAGAUGAGCAGAUAGAAGCAGAGGCUCCAAAAAUGGCCGAGGCUCAUGCACUUCUACGCGUAUUCGCUGAUUGGAAUCGCCGACAACAGUUACGUCGAUAUCAUCGCGAAAUUCUGCAGUCUUGGAUUCAGGUACUGAUGGUCGCCGUGCAUAGCUGCGACUUUGACGCCGGUUCACGAUCCUCGUUUAUCCUACAAACGAUUCAAGUAAUUCUACCGAAGCUGGAACAAGCAUACACUUCUGACGUGUUCACGGCACUGCAACUCGCCAGUCUAGCCGAAUCUCUUGUUCAGAAGAUUGAUUUUGCAUCAACCGCGUUUGACAAAACCGGAGACUUCGCCAACGAUCGCAUAUCGCAACUGUUCCGUGCAGCAUUGGCAGGCAUUUACAGUCCCGUCUCCAGCCCUGAGCUACGAGAGUACUGCUACCAAAUAUGCUUCCGAUACAUACAUGGCACAUUCCACAAAGCAUCGACAAACACGCUUCUUGGUCGGCAUACUAUGGACGCAAUCAAGAAUUGCGGUAGCCAUCUGAUCGAAACGAUCUGCGACGACGCUUAUAGCGGGCAAGGAACCUGCAAGAUCUCGGCGCUUCUCCUCCUCAAUGCCAUGGUCGCAAUUGCAACUCGUCAACAAUCCAAGCACAUGCUUGAAACCUUCGUGUCGCUGAAUUUUGUUGGAGUGCUAGUCGACAACUUGAAGCACAUUCCCGAAGAGCUCCGCGCUGCUGCUGCUCCACAAAUCCCAGCGCUACUCUCGUACUACGACGCCUGUCUCGCACUCCUUCUUCGCAUCUGCCAAAGCCGGCUCGGCGCCGCAUAUGUUCUUAAUGCGGGGCUUUUCCUGUCCAUUCGGGAUUCGCAGAUUUUUGCGGUUGAUCCAGAUAUUGGGCUGGAAUUUGAUGAUGCGAAGGCCUUGAAGAAGUAUUAUGAACUCAUGCUUUCUGUACUUCGAGUCAUCAACGCGGCAGUCAUUGCAAGAGGAAGACAGAACGAUCAAACCGUGUUCCAAGCAAGGGAGUUCUUGAAAGACAAUCGCCAUAACAUGGUGUCGAUUUUCAAGAGGAGCGUCAAUGUCGGAGCUGGUCAACACAUGGAAGUGGAACAAGAACUUGUUGACUUGGUGGAUUGUUGGACAGUGCUGGUGGAAGUCACGGGGUUUUUGGAGGUCGUCACAGAGAGCCUCAUCACCUCUGGCGAGGAAGCGUAG